UUUGAAGACCGAGGACAUAAAAAACAAAAUAAAACAUAUAAAAAACCAGUUCAAGUUGCACUCAAUGACGAUAUAAAAAAAACGAAUUUAUACAAUAAGAUCAUUUAAUAUAACUGUUUAAUAACCUACCAUAACAUGUUACAACAUGCUAAGUUAGACUAUUUGUACAAAAAAUUCUUCACAAAAGAAUAACUUAAAUCCACAUUGACUUGACAACAAGAAUGCCAAUUAUGCCAACAUUAAGGUACAUAGACGUGAGGGGAUGUAAUUGGAGUAAUGGGAACUAAGAGACCCUCCAUUGACCAUUUCCUUUCCCUCUUCACAAUCCAUCCAAUUUCCUAAACACUCUUUCCUUGUUUUUCUCUCUUCCACUUCUCUGCCACUCUCUUCUCCUUAGCAAUUUUUUCUAUGAUGAAGAAACAAACAAAGAAAACAACAACACUAGUACAAUACAAUAAUUAAUAAUCAACUCGAAAAUUCCCAUCUAACAUGCCGCCUUUCUUCAUUUGAUCCUUCAUUUAUUUACCUAAAUGUGCUACAAUGUAUCGCAGGACGCUGACUAUGAACUGGGAUGGUCUCGGAGAAGACGAUGACGAAGAUCACUUCUUCGAGUCCCAAACUCGGCUUUCCACAGCCGUUCCUCAAGACUUGGCGUCCUCGGGAUCAGAUGAUGAGGUCGAGUUCGAGGAUAGUCGACGUUCUUUCUCAGCCUCGGUUUCUAUCAAGAAUAGUUUCCGAGGCCUUGAGAUGGAGACUGCAAAAACCGUCUCCUUCUCCACUCCUCCUCCUCCUCCCAUUGUCAUGGAAGAUUACGGCAUGUGGAUGGCUGAACCUGGAGAUGUCAAAGAGCGUCGAAAACGCUUACUCCAGGGAAUGGGGUUGACAAGCAAGAAAGAACUCCUCAAGAUAACAAGUGCCAAAGUUGUAAGAGCCAUUUCAAGAAAAAUUGAACCAUGCCAAGAUACCAAAUCAACAGUUGAGAAUAUCUCUCCUACAAAAGAGCUAAUGCAAGAGGAAGAACAAGAGCCAGAGCCUUCGACUUCUCCACCAAUUUUGCUCGUCAGGUCUAGAUCAGACGGUGACAUACAAUUUUUCUCUGUAAAUACAAAGAAAAGGAAAGAACAACUUAUUGGUGACGUUUCUAAACAACGUCUCACCAGGACAUUUUCAGGAGCUUUUGCACCAACCACAAGAAUAUGCCAAUACACAAAUUCUGCUGCUGUAAUGGCGCCGCCUAAAAAGGGCACAAGUAAAUCUUCACCACCACAAAAUGGAAGUGAAACGCCAUCAUCAACAUUGCCCAAUGGAAGUGCUGAUUCGGGAUUUGCUUCGUUUUUCCUGAUAAAAAAUCUGGACACUGGAAAGGAAUUCAUUGUCAAAGAGUCCAAUGAAGAGGGAAUGUGGAAUAAGCUCAGUGAUUUACAAACAGGGAAGCAACUUUCCAUGGAGGAAUUUGAGAAAUCUGUGGGAUACUCACCUGUUGUUAAGGAACUUAUGCGCCGGGCGAAUAGUUCAACAAAUGAUGAAAGAAAACUAAAUAUGAAUGCAUAUCUCAGCAAGAGUUUCAGAUAUAGCAAGAAAACAGGAGUUGCUCUUUUAAAGAACAUAAAAGGAGUUGCAAAUAGCAUGAGUGGAAGAAUAGCUGAUAAAGAACUCGAUCUGCCUGCACCGGUUGAACAGAAACAGAAUAACAAGAAUUCCUCCCAAUGGAUUAAAGUCCGGCAGCAAGGAAAAAUUCACAAAGAAUUCACAGCUUUACAAUUGUGUCAGGAAAUUCAGGCUCAUGAGGGCUCCAUAUGGACUAUAAGAUUCAGCGCGGACGGUCGAUAUCUAGCAACUGCCGGGGAAGACAGGGUAAUUCAUGUGUGGGAAGUACAAGAAUGUGAUGUUAUGUCUACAAAACCAUCUGAUGAUCCGAAUUCUGUUAGAGACAUGCCAAUGGCUGGAAGUAAUUCGGAUCGUCCACCUCUGCCAGUUAUGACUCAUAUGCAACCAGAUAGAAGGAAAAAAGGGAAGACUUCUAAUAAGAAAAAGGGAAACUCACUUCCAGACUAUGUAAAUGUACCAGAAACUGUAUUUGCUCUAUCAGAAAAACCAGUAUGCACCCUCAAUGGUCAUCAGGAUGAUGUGCUAGACCUAUCUUGGUCAAGUUCUCAGCAACUUCUUUCAUCUUCAAUGGACAAGACGGUCAGGCUAUGGGAUUUGGAGACUCAGAGCUGCUUAAAAAUGUUUGCGCACAACGAUUAUGUGACCUGCAUACACUUCAAUCCAGUAGAUGACGAUCACUUCAUCAGCGGUUCACUGGAUGGAAAGGUUCGAAUUUGGAAUGUAUCUGAUAGAAAAGUGGUGGACUGGACUGAUCUUCAUGAAAUGGUUACUGCUACUUGCUAUACUCCUGAUGGCGAGGGUGCUUUAAUUGGCUCACAUAAAGGAAGUUGUCGCAUGUACAGUACUUCUGACUGCAAGCUGGAACAAAAAGAAAACUUUGAACUCGAACCAAAAAAGAAGUCCCUAGCCAAAAAAGUCACUGGUUUUCAGUUUGCUCCAGGGAAUCCAGCAGAAGUGCUUGUAACUUCAGCUGAUUCGCGUGUUAGAAUUAUUGAUGGAUCAGAAAUGACCCAUAAAUUUAGAGGUUUCCGGAAUACAAGCAGCCAAAUUUCAGCUUCAUUCAGUCAAGAUGGGAAGUAUAUCAUAAGUGCAAGUGAAGACUCUCAGGUUUAUAUCUGGAAGAGAGAAGAACCUAAACCUACAAGCGGUAAAUCUAGAAGUGUAGUCAACGUUCAAGCUUAUGAGCACUUCCCAUGUAAAGAUGUUUCAGUUGCUAUCCCUUGGCCUGGCAGUAUAAAGAAUCAGCCACCACUUGCAGAUCAGAUAAAUUCCAAAAGGGAUUCAAAAUGUUCCCCGCCACCACAUCCCACGAAUGGCUCUCCCACUAAGGAAGACAACUCGGCUGGUGCAAAUAGCAAGAGGAAUUUACCACCUCUGCCGGCCAAGAAAAACGGUGCGGAGGAGAAAAUCCAAACUUGUCAAGAGGAGGACUUGGCUCAAGACUCUCCAACAGAUCCUGGUGUUGGUGCAAGUGAAUCGUUUUCAUCGAGUUCUCCAUCAAUCAGAGAUGGCGACUCGCCUUCUAUGUCUUCUUCCAGCAGGUUUGAUGGUAGCAACAACAACCAAGGAAAUAACAUUAUCCAAUCAACAGCAUGGGGCAUGGUAAUCGUGACAGCAAGCUCGGGAGGGGAAAUAAGGGUCUAUCAGAACUUUGGGAUGCCAAUUAAAGCUAGUCGACCAACGAAUCUCUUUUGACACUUAACUAAAAAAGUUUGUGAAUUCAGAACAAAAUGCUGCCUCCAUUAAUCCCAUUACUGGGCAUGCAAUUUUUUUCUUUAGUAGUUGUUAAGAACUAGAGUCAAGCUCAAGUUCAGUAUGCCUUCCACUUCAAAUGUCUAUGAUGUCAAACAGGCGAUUUUGGUACCUUUUUAGAUUAGAUACCAAUUAGUCACAGUUUUGUUCGAUGUUCCAAGAAAUUAAACAUUUUUGGCUUGUGAACUUGCUUUGUGUAAA